GUCUCAGCAUAUGUGGUUGCUUGAGAAAGCGCAAUAUGACGACAGCAAAGGUAUACCAGAGCGGCGAACAUAUCUCGUUACCCACCAUUCUGCCCCUCAAUCAGCAGGUCGAAAUGCGACGGCUGGAUGAGGACUGGACUGGCUUUACCGAUCCCGCACAGCGUCGGAAGUUGCAGAACCGCCUCCACCAACGAGCAUGGAGACGUCGCCAGGCUCGGCAAACGAAGACCCUAGGCUCCGUCAGCACACAGAAGCCCUCCACGCUACACCAGCAGCCCAGUGAUCGAAACCAAAGACGCGACAACUCUACCUUGUCCAAUCCAGUCCUCACACAGGUCACUUCAAUCUGUACCCUCAGUCCUUCCGGGGUGAGAGAUUUGUUGACCCGCUUUGAGGAAUCCACCUAUCAACACUACCUCCUCGGCUCCCCGCGAACCGAUCUUCUCCUGACACUGGUCAAGUUCAACGUCUUCCGCGCUCUUUUGGACAACACACGCGCUCUUGGGUUCACUUUGGAGUGGCUGGACGGAGAUGCCGUCUCCCCCUUCUCACAAGCGGGAUCGAACCGUGUGAGCGAUGAUUCGUCGUCAACGUCGACUUGCCCCGUGUAUCUCAGGCCAACAGGGCUUCAGCACCUCGUCGAACACCAUCCGUGGAUCGACCUCUUCCCCAUACCGAGAAUGAGGGAGAAUAUCUUGCAAGCGGGCGACUCGUUCGAUGAGGACGCAUUGUGCCACGACAUGGUAGAGAUUUGCGGAAGCCCCGGCGAACAGUCGGGUCUGAUCGUCUGGGGGGAUCCAUGGGAUCCGCGCAACUGGGAGAUAGGUGAAGAAUUUCUGAAACGUUGGGGCUGGGUCAUCCAAGGUUGUUGGGAGCUCUUUGACGCUACGAACUACUGGCGAGCUCAGAGAGGCGAAGAAGAUCUCUUCCCAGAUAACCAGCGUGCUCCGCCAUUUGCAAGCACUAGCCUUUGAAGCUACUUCGAUAUAACGAGGUGACGUUAAGGAAUGGCAAG